UGAUAUUUUAAAGUUGAAACAUGCCCGCUUUCGCUAAUUUACACCUGAAAAAUUUACUCGAACCCGAUGUUCGAGCCUCCUCCAAACAGGAUCCGAACCCGAACCCGGACCCGGACCCGGACCAGAUAAGUAGACACUUGUACAUAUCGCCCGUUCUGUAUUCCACUCCGAAUCAGGCUCCAUUACCGGAACAUUCCUCCACCGACCCGCUCACCCCUUCUCCGUACGUCGUCAACCACAAGCGCCGCCGCGGCGGAACUGAACCGGCGGAAUUCGGCCACGGCGAUGCUCCUGGUUUGAAUUUGGACGAUUUCGCGACCGAGAAUUCGGGCGCAAACGACGGCUUUGACGAUGAAGGGUUUCUCGACCCGAGGAAUGAGUACUUGAGCGUCGGAAGUGAAAUCGGAGACGACGAUUUCUCCGGCGGCGGACGGCAAUUCGAGAACUGCAGCUUCACUUCAGCUCAGGGUGACUUCUUCGAUGCAAUUGAUGAUUUCUCGUCUGACGGGUCCGUUUCAAAUACGCCUUCGUUGUGUUCGAGAAUCGAACCGGAACUGCACACCACAAGGCUUCGUAUUCUUGAGGAAAUCGAAAAACGAACAAAUGCAGAGGAAUCUCUUCUUCUGAUGCGCAAUCAAUGGGAGAGGAUCAGUAAUCUUAUGUCUCGAGCCGGUUUAACGUUUCCCGCGCCUCCAUCUCUUGCGCAGCUGAAAUUAGAGGGCAACAAGAGUUCCUUGAUGGACCAAUUUACCCAGGAAGUUGUUUUCGUCAGCUUCGUCGACGAAGCCAUUGCAAAGGGCGAAGCACGUGCCGAAGCUGAAGAAGCUGCUGAUGUCAUCAUCGAAUCGAAAGACCAGGAGAUAUUGCGACUGCAGGACAAACUUCAGUACUACGAGACCGUCAAUCAUGAAAUGUCACAGAGGAAACUCGUCGAGGUGGCACAAAGGCAACGAGCAAAGAAAAGGAGCCGAAGAAGGUGGUUAUGGAGUUUUACGGGAUUGUCGAUUGCAAUUGGGGUAUCGUUCUUGGCGUUUUCGUACAUUCCGCAAGCAAGUGAUUAUAUUUCAUUGCUAAAGUCUGAUGUCGACUCGAGUGAUUCGUCGUGUGCCGAUACAUCCUCUUAGGUGUGUAGAGAAAGUAGAGUAUGAGUUGGAGUUUUGUUUGUUGCUCUUCUUCUUACACAAGAAUUUUGAACCAAACUUAGAUGGAACUUAUGAUUGCUUUUUCUCCCAGCUCUUUAUGCUGCACAAGUGCUUUUUUGGUAUUAUGUAAUGGUGCAUCAGUUUUUUUUUU